AUGCGUUCUCGCCUUGGAGACAUGCAAGUUGAUGAUAAAUUUGUCAAGGAGAUGUUCCUAGAGCGUCUGCCCACAGAUGUUCAAACGAUCCUGGCGUCCGGCUCUCAGGCUCUCACAGUGUCACAGCUGGCUGAGAUGGCGGAUCGAAUGAUAGAGGUGCAACGGUUCCAGUCACCUUCCGUUGCCCAGAUCUCAUCCUCAUCGCCAGUGAAUGAGAAUUUGCUAAAACAGGUGUCGGCCAUGGCGGAUGAGAUGGUCUCCCUUAAAAUACAGCUCGCCCGCCUAACUUCCAGUCGCCCACGUAGUCGUCGUCGUUCUCGUUCGCGACCUUAG